AUGUACUACUACAAUUGGGAAAAUUCAAAAAUCGAGAGCUACGUGAAAGCUAGCAACCCUCCAAAUGCUGAAGGACCAGUGUUAGACAUGGCCUUAAAUCCAUCCGACAAUACUAUAUGCUGUUUUGUUGGUAAAGGGCUAUUCCGGCUAGUCACUAUCAGUGAUUCUAUUUGGCGACAGUACGGUUUUCAAAAAGCCGACAACUUGGAUUUUUCCACUGUAUGUUGGUUGAACGGUGAUAGGAUUUUAGCUGGUACUAUGGAUGGUCGUAUAGUAAUAGUAGAGAAUGGAGAGCUUAUAGCUAUGUACAACGUCAAAACAAUGAUGGAUUUUGAUCCAAAACAUAGAAUAAAAGCUCCUUUAGACGUAGUUCCCUUAUCAAAAGAAAGCAAUCAACGAAUGGACAUAAGAUGCUGUAUUCCGAUCAAGAUAGGUUUAAUAUUCGUGUUUGGCGAUUCAUGUGUUUAUUACUACGAAAAAACUAAUCAUAGAUACAAAAGACGAAAUGAAUUCUUGAAGCAAACUGACUCAAACUUAAAUGCUCUGGAUACCGAUAGACCUAUGCAUAACAUAGAGACACUGUCUAUAAGUCCAAAAAACCUAAAAAUGAUUUGUGUUACAAGGCGGUCACAAUUGUUUUGGGCACCGUUGACUGAAAUUCCGGACACAUAUAUGAACGCACAGAAUAUUGUUUACUUUAAGCCUCUUGGUGAAGAUUUGCAUCAUGGUGGUAUCUCCAGCUUGUCAACGUGUAAAUGGAAACCAAUAUUCAUAACUUGUGGCAAGGUUGACCACACUAUUAGGGUUUGGAACUAUUUGAAUUGUUCAUUAUUACUGUCACAACAAUACCAAGAAGAUGUGUUUAGUGUUUCACUACAUCCUUCUGGGUUAUAUUCCGUAGCCGCAUUCACGGGGAAAGUCGAGUUCCAAUUGGUGCACACAGAAGGUCUGAAAUCGUGGAGAGAGUUCGCUGUGACGAGUUGUAAUUUGACUGAAUUUAGUAUGUCCGGUCACAUGUUUGCUUUAGCUAACCAAUUCGAUGUUGAUGUAUAUUGUUCGGUGAAAUUUGAGAAAAGGUUUACGUACAAAGGACAUUCAAGUACGAUCACGGCUAUGGUAUGGGCGCCAAACGAUAUGAAACUAGUCACGUGUGGAAAAGAUGGUGCUAUUUACGAAUUCAAUACAAGGACUGGUGAAAGGGACAUGGAUAUCGUACAUUCUAAAACGAUUUAUAUGGAUUUGGCAAUUUCAAACGACACUAAUCAGAUUUUCCCAGCUGCUCAAGAUGGUCGAUUCAAAGAAAUAAAUAAUCAAUCGGUGGUUCGUGAUAUAGACUUGCACCAAGGUGCUUUAGACGCGAUAGUUUUGUCAAGAUCAGAUUUAAUUCUAUUCGUAGCUGGUCAAAAUGGUGUUGUGUUAUCAUUAAUGCUACCUAUCAUGGCUGAAAUCAAACACAAAGAGUUUAAUAUGCACAACAAGAAUAUUACAAAGAUGAGCAUGACAAUUGAUGAUUCAAACUUGAUCACCUGUUCGUCAGAUGGGAGUAUAUGUAUAUGGGAAAUUAAGGAUGCUGAAGGCAAAAAGGUUAUUUUAAAUGACCAAUUUGCAUAUUCUGAUGAUAUUCUAGUGAACGCUUUGGAUUUAAAGAACAAAAUCGAAAACAUGGCAGAACUUAAAAUGAGAGUGAAUGAGUUGGAAAGGGAAAGCAAAUAUCAAAUUACUCAACUUAUAAAAUCUAAAGAACAACAGAUCCAGGAAUUGAAUAAUAACCAUUCGAUCGUUAUGAAAAUAUUGGAAAAUAAAAAUACGGAAAUAACUAAAAAACACAUGGCUGAUAAGAGUAGGUUAGAAAUGGAACUAAACCUAUUAAAAGAUUCGCAUGCUCAAGAGUUGGAAGAAUUAGAAGCUAAUUAUAAUGAAAAACUCCUAUACGAAUACGAAAAAUAUGACACACUUCAAAAUGAGUUAAUUAAAACUAACUCGGAAUUGGAAAAAGAUAUGAACAAAUCUGAAUUUGAACAAAACGAAAAAUUACAGAAAAUAGUAGAUCAAUUUAAAAUAAAACUUAAUGAAAAAGAUGAACAUAUUGUAAAAGUAAGUUGUGUACUUGUGUAA